AUGAACUUACAGAAAUCGACCACACUCGAUAGAUCAAGUGACAUGAAGCAAACAAUGAAAAUAUCUACUAAUUCAGAGAGCAGAACUCACGAUGGACAAAGAAGUAUUCAAUUAAUACAAAAUAUCGUUCUCAUUUGGUUAGACAAUCGCAUGAAUAUCGAUAACAUGAACCAUCAUGAUACAAUGAUUCAAUUGAAAUGUGUUGUCGAUAGCAUCUAUACAUUCAAUGAUUAUGAUCAAUGUGUUGAUUUCGUCACAGACAUUCAGAAUGAGAAAGUUUUUAUGGUAAUUUCCGACAUAUCGUGUGAAAACAUUGUACCUUUGAUUCAUGAUAAUAGCCAACUUUAUGCAAUCUUUAUCUUUGUGAGUCAUUCAAACGAACAUGAACAACAAUGGGCUCAAGAAUGGCCUAAGAUCAGGGGUUUAUUUUCAGACAUACUACCACUAUGCGACAUGCUUAAAAGCGUUACACAACAAUGUCAACAAAAUACCAUUUCUAUGAGUUUCAUCGCGACGGAUAACGACGUAUCCAAACAAACACUGGAUCGGUUAGAUUCAGCAUUUAUGUACACGCAAAUCAUCAAAGAUAUUUUGUUAACUAUUAAAUUUGAACAAGAACAUAUUAAAUUAUUUGUUGACUAUUGCCGAAACACGUUCGUUGAUAAUGAAAGGACAUGUGAACACGUCAAUGAAUUUGGAUUCAACUACAAGAAGAAUUCACCAAUUUGGUGGUAUACCUACGAACAUUUCCUAUACUCGAUACUUAAUCGUGCUCUACGAUUGACUGAUACUGAUAUUAUUAUUAAAAUGGGAUUUUUCAUUACUGAUUUACAUCGACAGAUCGAAGAAUUGCACAAGAGACAAUUUAAUAAUCACGAUAGCGACAAGCUUCUUGAAGUUUACCGUGGUCAAGGAUUGACUGUGACUGACUUUGAGAAAAUGAAGAAAACAAAAGGUGGACUACUAGCUUUUAAUAGCUUCUUAUCGACUAGUACAGUUCGCGAGGUUUCUCUAGCGUUCGCCGAGAGCAAUGGAAGUGAUCCAAAUUUAGUGGGAGUGCUAUUCGUCAUGUCUAUUGAUUCAGCCAAGUCGACUACACCUUUCGCUUCUAUUAAUGACGAAAGUUAUUUUCAAGAAGAAGACGAAAUCCUCUUCUCUAUGCACACAGUGUUUCGCAUCAAUGAUAUAAAAGUAAUUGGUGAAAGCUCUCGUCUAUUUCAGGUAGACUUAACAUUAACCGAUGAAGAUGACAAAGACUUGCGUGUGCUUACUGAUUGUAUACGAGAAGAAACCUAUCCAGAUGCAAAAGGAUGGUACAGGUUAGGUGUAACACUUCAUAAAAUGGGUCAAUUUGGUAAAUCUCAGCAAGUUUAUGAAACAUUACUUUCGCAAACGACGGAUGAAAAUGAAAUGGGUUUUAUUUACUAUACAAUGGCACAUGUCAAAUAUGAUCAAGGAGACUACGAAGAAGCAAUUUCACUAUAUGAAAACAUCCUUGACAUUUUUGGAAGAAUUUUUCCUCCUAAUCAUAUCAAUUUCAGUAUCCUAUACAAUAGUAUUGGUUUUAUGUACAGUGCAAUGGGUGAAUAUUCAAAGGCGCUCUCGUAUUACGAAAAUUGUUUACAAGCACAAGAAAAAUUGCUCCCUGUCAAUUAUUCCGUUUUGAGCAGUUGCUAUAGUAACAUGGGUCGAUUGUAUCAAAACAUGGCUGAAUACGCAAAAUCGCUUGUUUAUUGUGAAAAAGUUCUUGAAAUUGAUAGGAAAAUACUUCCUUCCAAUCAUCCCACACUCAGUCAACACUACAUCGAUAUUGGUACGCUGUAUCAAUGUAUCGGAGAAUAUUCCAAAGCACUUCCGUGUUAUGAAAAAGCACUUGACAUUAAGCAAAGGUCGCUUCCUCCAAAUCAUCCUUCCUUCGCUGAUUGCUAUAACAGCAUUGGAAUGAUAUACGAAAAUAUAGGUGAAUAUUCGAAAGCACUCGCCUACUAUCAAAACGCUCUCGAAAUUAGUGAAAAAUCACUACCUGAAAACCAUCCUAAUCUAGCUGCUUCCUACAAUAACAUUGGUAUAGUCUAUGAAAAUAUGAAUGAUUUCUCAAAAGCAAUAUCAUCCUACGAAAAGGCACUUGAACUUCAACGGAAAUCACUUUCUUCCAAACAUCCUGAUUUAGCUGCGUCGCAUAUCAAUAUCGGUAAUGCCUAUGACAAAACAGGUGAUUAUUCGAAAGCAUAUUCAUGUUACGAAAAAGCUCUUGAAAUACAGCAAAUAUCACUUCCCUCAAAUCAUCCUGAACUAGCCGCUUCCUAUGGUAACAUGGGUGUGACAUGUAUGAAUAUGAAAGAUUAUUCAAAAGCGCUUCAUUUUCUUGAGAAGACACUUGCCAUUCAACAAGAAUCGCUGCCAUCGAAUCAUCCUAGUUUAGCUGCUUCUUACAGUAAUAUUGCUGAGGUGUAUGAAAAUACAGAUGAUCUUUUGAAAUCACGUUCAUUUUACGAACGUGGAAUAAGUAUAGGACAACAGACAUUACCAAUGAACCAUCCUCAUUUGCAAGAAUGGAGAAAAAAUCUGGAAAAUGUAAAUAACAAAUUGCAGCUAUUACCUGCUUCACAAUAA